UAUUAGGAUCACCAGCUGUUUGCAUUUGUUGAUAAAAAGGCACUGAAGUAAUUUUAUUAAAAUAAUGAAAAAGGUGUUAGUUACAGGCGGAACUGGUCUUGUGGGCAAAGCUUUGCAAGCUGUUAUAAAAGCUGAACAACCAAGCGAUGAGGAAUGGUUCUUUGCCGGUUCGAAAGAUGCCGAUUUAACGAAUUUGGCCGCCACGCAGGCAUUGUUUGAGAGAGUGAAGCCAACGCAUGUGAUACACUUGGCUGCCAUGGUUGGUGGCCUGUUUCACAAUAUGAACAACAAUCUAGAUUUCUUGCGUAACAAUUGUUUGAUCAACGAUCAUGUGCUGCAAACGGCACAUGUGCUGGGCUGCACGAACGUUGUCUCCUGCCUGUCUACGUGCAUAUUUCCUGACAAGACCAGCUACCCCAUUGAUGAGACAAUGGUGCACAAUGGACCGCCACAUUCUUCGAACUAUGGCUAUUCGUAUGCGAAGCGUUUGAUAGACAUACAGAAUCAUGCCUAUCACGACAAGUAUGGACACAUGUACACAUCUGUGAUACCAUGCAAUAUAUUUGGUCCGCACGAUAACUACAAGCCUGAAGUCAGUCACGUGAUUCCAGGCAUGAUCUAUCGCAUGCACAAGCUACGUACCGAUCAGCCCCAGUUGGAUGAAAGCGAAAAGAUCUUUACAGUCUAUGGCAGUGGCAAGCCAUUGCGUCAGUUCAUCUACUCCCUGGACUUGGCCAAGCUGAUGAUUUGGGUGCUGAGGCACUACGACAGUGUUGAGCCCAUUGUUUUAAGUGUAGACGAAGCGUCAGAGGUAACGAUCUAUGAGGUAGCUCAGGCCAUAGCCAAGGCAUUUAACUUUAAGGGCAAGCUGGUCUGUGAUACGAGCAAGGCAGAUGGACAAUUCAAGAAAACAGCAUCGAAUGCAAAGUUGCGCAAAAUGUUGCCAGAUUUUAAGUUUACAGACUUUGAGGAGGCCAUCGAAGCAUCUGUGCUCUGGUAUACGACUAAUUAUGAUCAGGCUAGGAACUGAAUAUUGUAUUUAAAUACAUAUGUGAUGUUUGUUUACAAAAUAUAACAUCAAUAAAAUCACGCAUUUACAUCAGAUAUAUA